GACUAUGGUUCCACCGCUGGGUAGCUGCUUCCUGCACCUUCAUUUUUCGGCCGCUUGACGAAGGGAAGAGAAGAUGAUAAAUAGCUAUGUGUUUCAGGAGCUCGAGGAUGGAGGGGUCGGUCGUCUACUGCCAAGCAAUUGGUCAUGGCUGUCUUACUCUCCUGGCUGCUGGUGGCAGCUACAGCUGUCCAAGCCUCAGGUCUUGUUCCAAGGAUAUCAUCAAGCGACCCUCUGGCCUCGUGCCCUGGCUACAAAGCUUCAAACAUCAAGACAACGGGAUCCAGUCUUACUGCCGACUUGAGUCUCGCUGGUGCGCUUUGCAAUGUCUACGGUGAUGAUCUGAAGAGUUUGACCUUGGAGGUGGUCUACGAGACUGAUGACCGCAUCCACGUCAAGAUCCAAGAUCCUGCCGACAGCGUGUAUCAAGUGCCCGCCAGCGUCCUGCCACGGCCAUCUCCAUCUUCAGGAAUCAAGUCCAAAGAUGCCAACAUCCAAUUCAAAUAUGUUGCCUCGCCGUUCUCGUUCUCGAUUACUCGAGCCAAGACUGGAGAAGUGCUCUUCGAUACUUCAGCUGCAAGUAUCGUUUUCGAGACUCAGUACCUCCGAUUGAGGACUUCGCUCCCAGCAAACCCAAAUCUCUAUGGAUUGGGCGAGCAUUCGGACCCUUUCCGUCUGAAUACCACGAAUUAUAUCCGUACUCUGUGGUCGCAAGAUGCAUACGCCAUUCCUAAUGGCGCCAAUCUUUAUGGGAAUCAUCCUGUGUAUUUCGAGCAUCGGACUACGGGCACUCAUGGAGUUUUCUUCCUCAACUCGAACGGCAUGGACAUCAAGAUCAACAAUACGAAUGGGAAAGAUCAGUAUUUGGAGUACAAUACUCUCGGAGGAGUUCUGGACUUCUACUUCAUGGCCGGACCAACCCCCCUUGCUGUGUCCCAGCAGUAUGCCGAGGUUGUUGGACUUCCAGUCAUGAUGCCGUACUGGGGCUUCGGCUUCCACAAUUGCAGAUAUGGAUACCAGGAUGCGUUUGCGGUGGCUGAAGCAGUGUACAACUACUCCAAAGCUGGAAUUCCGCUCGAGACGAUGUGGACUGAUAUUGACUACAUGGAUCUGAGGAAGGUCUUCUCUCUUGAUCCUGAUAGGUUCCCUCUCAAGAUGAUGCAGGAGCUCAAUCAUUACCUACAUUCCCACGACCAGAAGCAAAUCUUAAUGGUGGAUCCUGCCGUGGCAUAUCAACCGUACCCACCAUAUCAGCGAGGUGCCCAAGAUGGAAUCUUCUUGAGAAGAGACAACGGAUCCUAUUGGUUAGGUGUUGUGUGGCCAGGGGUUACUGUCUUCCCAGACUGGUUUCACUCCGGCACUCAAAACUACUGGAAUAACGAGUUCUCCAUUUUCUUCUCCCCAAACAAUGGUGUCGAUAUUGAUGGACUUUGGAUUGAUAUGAACGAGCCAUCGAACUUCCCAUGUAACUUCCCUUGCGACAAUCCGUAUGCAUCCGCCGUUGGAUUUCCCCCAGAACCUCCAGCGCUCCGAACUCCACCUCGUCCGCUUCCCGGAUUUCCAUGUGACUUUCAGCCACCUGGAACCAAAUGCUCUGGAAGCAAGAAGAGACAUGAGAUUGAGGCUUCAGUAGCUCUUCCAAUGCUUCAAGUGACCGAGAGACAAGCACCAGGGAAAGAGCUUGGGUUGCCAGGAAGAGAUCUGCUCUACCCCAAGUAUGCAAUUCACAACGCUGCAGCAUACACAUAUGCCGACAAUGCUGCUGGAGGAGGCAUCUCGAAUCAUACUGUGAAUACAGACGUCAUCCAUCAGAACGGGUUGGCAAUGUACGACACUCAUAAUCUGUUUGGAACAAUGAUGUCCACCGCUUCAAGAUACGCAAUGAUGAACCGGCGUUCUGCAGAGCGGCCAAUUAUCAUCACUCGCAGCACCUUCGCCGGUGCUGGAACCAAAGUCGGUCACUGGCUCGGUGACAAUGUCAGUGACUGGCCCCAUUAUCAAUGGUCCAUCAGAACAAUGAUGGCAUUUUCUUCCAUCUAUCAAGUCCCAAUGGUUGGCUCAGAUGUUUGUGGGUACGCAGACAACACCACCGAGCAACUGUGCGCUCGCUGGGCUACACUUGGAGCAUUCAGUCCAUUCUACCGCGAUCACAACGGUUACCCGCCAAACAUUCCCCAAGAAUUUUACCAGUGGCCCAGUGUCACAGCCGCAGCGAAGAAAGUCAUCGACAUCCGCUACCGUCUUCUAGACUACAUCUACACAGCCCUCUACCAGCAGACCGUCGACGGCACACCUCUCAUCAAUCCAAUGUUCUACCUCUACCCCACAGACGCCAACACUUUCGGCCUCGAACUCCAAUACUUUUACGGCCCAUCACUCCUCGUCAGCCCCGUGACAGAAGAAAACGCCACCAGCGUCAGCGUCUACCUCCCAAAAGACAUCUUCUACGACUGGUUCACCCACACCGCGGUCCAAGGCAAAGGCUCCACCAUCCAAAUAUCCAAUCUCGACAUCACCGACAUACCCUUGCACUACCGCGGCGGCGUAAUCGUGCCCCAGCGCGUCAAGUCCGCUAUGACAACAACCGAGCUCCGAAAACAGGACUUCGAGAUCAUCGUUCCCUUGGGCUCGGACGGGAAAGCCUCCGGACAAUUGUAUCUCGAUGAUGGGCUUAGUUUGGUGCAGAAGGGAACGACGUUCGUGAAGUUCGCGUUUGAUGGGAAGACGUUUAGUAUGAAGGGGAAUUAUGAUUUUAAUGCUGGGGUUAAGGUGGCGAGGAUUGUAUUUUUGGGGUUUAAGAGCACCCCGAGUGGGUGUAGUGUUGAUGGGCAGAAAGGGAGUGGGAAUCACGACUCGAAGACGGGGGAUUAUACGGUUACGGUUGGGAAGAGCUUGAGCAAGGACUUUACGGUUGUGGUUAAUCAUUAGGAGAAGAG